UAAUUGGGCUUGUUUUAACUAUAGUAUUUUUCCUUAACUUUAUCUUUUUUUUUAUACGUAUAUUAAUAGGCAUUGUUCAAUGAACUGUGUACCUCUUGAAGUCACUACCUCUUAUGUUCAAUUGACUCAUAAGGUUUUUAGUGCUUAUGUACAUGAAUAUGCAGACACAUGAAGUACUCUAUUAGGAACUAUAUCCAUAUUUUGUUGGUUAUGUGCUCAAAUACCCCAAAUGAUAGAAAAUUAUAAAUUACAAUCAGCUGAAGGACUCAGCUUGUAUCUUCUAUAUUUAUGGUUAGCUGGUGAUAUUGGAAAUUUGGUUAGUUGUAUACUGAAUCAUCAAUUACGCUUUCAAAUCUAUUUAUCAUUUUAUUUUGUUCUAUCAGAUAUCAUUCUUAUAUACCAAUAUUUUCAAUUUCGUAAAAAUAAUAACUCGAAAACAAACGACUUUGAUACACAAAUUAAUGAUGAAGAACAAUGUACUUUUAUAACCUUUGAAGAUCCCUUAGAAUUGUUAAAACCAUUUGAUGAUAACUCACAGAAAACAACUUUGAUGAUUAACUAUGGCACCAUCAAUGAAACUUCUACAAAGGGCACAGUUACUUUUAUGGGGUUGCUUUUAUUCGGCUCUCAACUAGGCUUGUCAAAAACAACUUUGUAUGCAUCAGUAACCAGCAAUAGUAAUAUUAUAUCAUCAACAGCAAAUGAAACUUUCAAUCUAUUCGGCUGUAUAUUGGCUUGGCUCUGUACCGCAUUCUAUGUUUUAUCUCGUAUUCCACAAAUCUGCAAAAAUUAUAAACGUCGUUCAACAAAAGGAGUUUCCAUUCUUUCGUUUAGUCUUGCUGUUUGUGGUAAUUUAACUUAUGCAGCAAGUAUUUUGAUUUAUCCAGAUCAUACAAAAGAUAGAAUCAUAGAGUCACUUCCUUAUUUAAUAGGUAGUCUAGGUAUAUUUUUCUUUGACGCAAUUAUCUUUGGACAAUUUUUGUAUUAUAAUUUUCUACGAGAUGUUAAUAAAUUAAUAAUAUAAUACGGACAUUAGCUUUUAAUGAAAGACUGUUUAAUUUUCCCACCACUUUUUUUUUUUUUAUUGACAGUUGGUAGUAG